AUGCAUGAUAUACUUUGUUUUUUGACCACUACAGUUGAGUUUUUGAUUUACUAUUUAAGAUUAUACAAUAAACAAUUGAUGAGUAUAACUAAAUUUACAUCAGUAUUACUUUGCUGUACUUAUUCAAUUAAUGCUCUAUCUCCAGCUGAGGUACGUGCAUUAUUUAACAUGAAAACUGCUAAUGUUACUGAUGGACCACAACCAAUGUCUAUUUGUACACAAGCUGCUUCCAUUGCUGAAAACUAUGCUACCUGUGGAUGUUACCAACAGGCUGGAUGGAGUGGAAUUACCAGAGUAACCACUACUCAAUAUCAACAAGGUCAAUCAUGUGGUGGAUCAAGCUCAGGCUCUUCAUCAUCUGGAUCUUCUGGUGGUAGCUCAGGAGGAAGUUCUGGAACUACAAGUUCAGGUUCAGGCUCAGGAUCUGGAACAACUUCAGCAUCAUCUGGUUCAGGAUCGGGAUCUGGAUCUACAUCUGGCUCAUCAUCUGGAUCAGGAUCAACUUCAGGUUCUUCUGGAUCAUCAGCUUCCUCAGGUUCAUCAUCUGGAUCAUCAGCUUCCUCUGGUUCAUCAUCGGGAUCAGGUUCAUCUGGAUCAUCAGCUUCCUCAGGUUCAUCAUCUGGAUCAUCAGCUUCCUCAGGCUCAUCCUCUGGUUCAGGAUCAGGAUCAACUUCAGCAUCAUCUGGUUCAGGAAGUGGAUCAUCCUCCUCCUCUGGAUCGGGAAGUGGAUCAGGUUCUGGUACAACUACUGCCUCAGGUUCAGGAUUGGCACAAGUUGCUGAUAACAACUGCUCACCAUCAAACACUGCUGGUUGCACUGUUGGAGAUCUCUUCUUCUAUUGUUUCUCCGGUGAGACAUGUCCAGGUCAUGUUGUUAUGUAUAUUGGUAACAAUCAAGUUGCAGAAUGCCCAACAACUGGUGAGAAUUGCCAUGUUAUCACCCCAUACACUGAAGAUUAUUAUGGAUGCAGAAGUAUUUGCGGUUAA